GACCAGAUUAAUGACAAAAAUGGGGAGCUGGAUUUCUCUACCUUCCUGACCAUUAUGCACACACAAAUCAAACAAGAAGACCCAAAGAAAGAAAUUCUCCUGGCCAUGUUGAUGACAGACAAGGAGAAGAAAGGCUACAUUAUGGCAUCUGAGCUGCGGUCAAAGCUCAUGAAACUCGGGGAGAAGCUCACCCAGAAGGAAGUAGACGAACUUUUCAAGGAAGCAAAUAUUGAACCAGAUGGCAAAGUGAUUUAUGAUGAAUUCAUCCGCAAGAUUACGCUCCCUGCACGAGACUACUGA